CUACAUUUUCUUCAUUUCUUGUUCACUACGACAUUUUCUUCUUCCAUUUUCACUAUGCUUCCAUUCCAUCUCUACAGCGCCCAUCGCGAAUCCGCUCGCGCUUUGUGAAGAACUGUCACUCCAGCUCUGCGCAAUUGAUCUCUGCACGUAUUGCCAUGGCGUCGUCGAGGAGCUCCUCCACUGCCAGGCUGACUCGGUCGGCUCUCGCGGAAUUCAGGGCCUCCCGCAACCGGUCUCUGGCCCAAUCUCGCUACGCGGCCUCGCGCGCAGCCGCCGAGGUUUCGUUUAUGGACGGAUUGAAUGCCUCCCGAACUCACCCGUUGCUCGCGGCUGUGGCGGAGAGUGUUGGAGCUUCCUGGAGCAUGUCGAAAUCGGGCUUGAAGGAGGUUGGGUUUGGGAGGAAUUUUGAUUGCCGCGCCUACUCCACCUCUGCUGCUAGCUCUGGCCAGAUAAGCAACUCAGAAUAUACUGAGUUGGCUUUUGAGGGUAUUGUUGGAGCGGUAAAUGCAGCACGAGACAACAAACAACAAGUGGUUGAAACAGAGCAUCUAAUGAAAGCCCUUCUGGAACAGAAGGAUGGAUUAGCUCGGAGAAUAUUCACUAAAGCUGGUCUGGACAACACAUCAGUUUUGCAAGCCACAGAUACAUUUAUAUAUCAGCAGCCUAAGGUGACCGGCGAUACUAGUGGUCAAGUUAUUGGCCCCCAUCUUUAUUCCCUCUUAGAAAAUGCAAGGAAAUAUAAAAAAGAAAUGCAGGAUUCCUUUGUGUCUGUUGAGCACUUGUUGUUGGCUUUGCAUUCAGACACUAGAUUUGGACGGGAACUAUUUAGAAACCUGCAACUUAGUGAGAAAUCUUUAAAGGAAGCUAUUAAAGCUGUUCGUGGAAAUCAGAGAGUAACCGACCAAAAUCCAGAGGGAAAGUUCGAGGUACUUGAGAAAUAUGGGAUUGACUUGACAGAAUUGGCCAAGCGUGGAAAACUUGACCCAGUGAUAGGCCGUGAUGAUGAAAUACGCCGCUGCAUUCAAAUUUUGAGCCGGAGAACAAAAAAUAAUCCUGUUAUUAUUGGUGAGCCUGGCGUUGGAAAAACUGCAAUUGCUGAAGGGUUGGCACAACGGAUAGUCCGUGGAGAUGUUCCAGAACCUCUCAUGAAUCGAAAGUUGAUUUCCUUGGAUAUGGGUGCACUUCUUGCUGGUGCCAAGUUCCGUGGAGAAUUUGAAGAGAGGUUAAAAGCUGUACUAAAGGAAGUAACUGCUUCAAAUGGACAAAUUAUAUUGUUUAUUGAUGAGAUUCACACAGUCGUUGGUGCAGGUGCAUCUGGUGGGUCAAUGGAUGCUGGAAACUUAUUGAAACCAAUGCUUGGCCGUGGUGAACUUAGAUGUAUUGGAGCAACUACGCUGAAUGAAUAUAGAAAAUACGUUGAGAAGGACCCUGCUUUAGAACGUAGGUUUCAACAAGUAUAUUGUGGCCAACCAUCUGUCGAAGAUACAAUUUCCAUUCUUCGUGGCUUGCGCGAAAGAUAUGAGCUGCAUCAUGGGGUCAAAAUAUCUGAUAGUGCUCUUGUAUCAGCAGCUGUUCUUGCGGAUAGAUACAUUACUGCACGUUUUUUACCAGACAAAGCUAUUGACCUUGUUGAUGAAGCUGCUGCAAAACUGAAAAUGGAAAUUACUUCAAAGCCUACCGAGUUAGAUGAGUUAGACAGGACAAUACUAAAGCUAGAAAUGGAGAAACUCUCUCUUAAAAGUGAUACUGAUAAAGCAUCUAAAGAAAGGUUGAGCAAGCUGGAAGGUGACCUAACAGCACUAAAACAGAAGCAACAUGAGUUAACAGAACAGUGGGAGCAUGAGAAAAAACUGAUGACUCGUAUACGAUCGAUCAGGGAAGAGAUUGAUAGGGUCAACAUAGAGAUGGAAGCUGCAGAGCGUGAGUAUGAUCUAAACCGUGCGGCUGAACUUAAAUAUGGAACAUUGACGUCUCUUCAGCGUCAGCUGGAUGAAGCUGAGAAAAAUCUUGCUGAUUUCCAGAAGUCCGGAAGCUCUCUACUUCAGGAAGAAGUAACAGACAUUGACAUUGCAGAAGUUGUCAGCAAGUGGACUGGAAUUCCUUUGUCAAACCUUCAGCAGACUGAAAGGGACAAGCUCAUUCUUUUAGAGAAUGUACUUCACAACAGGGUUGUUGGCCAGGACAUGGCAGUGAAAUCUGUGGCCGAUGCAAUCAGGCGUUCGAGAGCUGGACUAUCGGACCCUAAUAGGCCCAUCGCAAGUUUCAUGUUCAUGGGCCCCACAGGUGUUGGGAAAACUGAGCUUGCAAAGGCUCUUGCAGCGUAUCUUUUCAACACAGAAAAUGCUCUUUUGAGAAUCGAUAUGAGCGAAUAUAUGGAAAAACACGCGGUUUCACGCCUGGUUGGAGCUCCACCGGGUUAUGUUGGUUAUGAAGAGGGUGGGCAACUCACAGAAGUGGUUCGGCGGAGGCCUUACUCGGUCGUGCUCUUUGAUGAAAUUGAGAAGGCACAUCCUGAUGUCUUCAACAUUCUGUUACAGUUGUUGGAUGAUGGAAGAAUAACAGAUUCCCAGGGAAGAACUGUUAGCUUCACAAACACCGUUGUGAUAAUGACAUCAAACAUAGGUUCACAACAUAUUCUUGAAACUCUUCAGAGCUCGCAAGGCAGCAAGGACUCUGUUUAUGAAUUCAUGAAAAAACAGGUUGUUGACUUAGCACGACAAACUUUUCGGCCUGAGUUCAUGAAUCGAAUCGAUGAGUACAUUGUCUUCCAACCCCUGGGCAUGGAGCAAGUUAGCCGAAUUGUUGAAAUCCAGGUGAACCGCGUGAAAGAGCGACUGAAACAGAAGAAAAUUGAACUGCACUAUACCGAAGAAGCUUUGAGUUUUCUGUCGACAAUGGGAUUUGACCCUAACUUUGGAGCACGUCCUGUGAAGCGGGUGAUCCAACAAAUGGUUGAGAAUGAAGUGGCAUUGGGAGUAUUGAAGGGAGAUUUUAAGGAGGACGAUUCUAUUGUGGUCGACGUCGACAAUGUCAAGGGUGGCGAUCUUUCUGCCGAAAGCCGAUUGAUCAUCAAGAAAGUAGAGAAUGGCUCUGCAUUGGAUGCCAUGAAAUGCUGAAAUGACCUCUACAUCACCCAAUUUGAGUGUGGGGGAUUAAGGCUUUAAGGGGAGUGAUUUUGCUUUUUUUUGAGCAAUGGGGGUGGGGUACUCAAUUAGUGUUAUAUUUUUUUUUUUUGAGAUGAUUUAGAGUUUCAUAUUGAUAGUUCUAUAUUGACAUGUAGGAUAAACUUCAAACAUUUGU